UAUCAUUUCUCACACAGAAACCUGCAAUGGAUUCAACAACAGCCUUUCGCCACCUCCACUUUGUUUUCAUCCCCUUAAUGGCCCCAGGUCAUCUUCUCCCCAUGGUAGACAUGGCCAAAUUGUUUGCACGACGCAAAGUGAGAGCGAGCAUAGUCACCACACCCCUCAAUUCAAUCCAGUUCCAAGAUAGCAUAGAAAGAGAGAUUCAAUCCGGUUCACCAAUCCAAAUUCUACACGUUCAAUUUCCAUGCGCUGAGGCUGGACUACCAGAGGGAUGUGAGAGCUUGGACACACUCCCUUCAAUGGAUCUACAGACCAAUUUCAACAUCGCUAUGAACUUGUUGCAGCAGCCACUACAAGAUCUACUUGAAAAGCUAAGACCCUUCCCAAGUUGCAUAAUUGCCGACAAACAUUUCUUAUGUGUGGCUGAUGUUGCUGACAAGUUGAACGUCCCUAGAAUAAUAUUCGAUGGGACUAACUGUUUCUUUCUGCUAUGCAACCACAAUUUGGACAAGUAUAAGGUGCAUGAAGCUGUGUCUGGUGAAGAGAAAUUUCUUGUCCCUGGAAUGCCCCACAGGAUUGAGUUAUGCAGAUCUCAACUCCCCGGGAUAUUCAAUCCUGGCACAAAACUCAAGUUGCAAGCUUAUCGCGAGAAGGUGAGGGAAGUUUCAAAAAGAGCAUAUGGGAUAGUGGUUAAUAGUUUUGAAGAGUUGGAAGUUGAAUAUGUUAAAGAGUAUCAAAGGGUUACGGGUCAUAAGGUGUGGUGUGUUGGACCUGUGUCACUUUCCAAUAAGGAUGACAUGGACAAGGCUUUGAGAAGUAAGAGAAACUCAAGUGAUGAAGUUGAGUAUUUGAUGAAGUGGCUUGAUUCAUGGCCUCCAAGGUCUGUGAUUUAUGUUUGCCUUGGUAGCUUAAACCGUGCAACGCCUGAGCAGUUGAUAGAGCUAGGGUUAGGGUUGGAAGCAACAAAAAGGCCAUUCAUUUGGGUGCUGAGAGGUGCAUAUGGAAGAGAGGAAAUGGAGAAGUGGUUAUUGGAAGAAGGGUUUGAGGAGAGGGUGAAAGAGAGAGGGGUUGUGAUGAAUGGUUGGGUGCCACAAGUGUUGAUAUUGUCACAUGGAGCAAUAGGAGCGUUUUUGACUCAUUGUGGAUGGAAUUCCACACUUGAAGGGAUUUGUGGUGGGGUACCUUUGGUGACUUUUCCUCUGUUUGCUGAGCAGUUCUAUAAUGAGAAGGUUGUUGCACAAGUGGUGGAGAUUGGGGUGAGUGUGGGAGCUGAAUCCGUUGUGCACUUGGGAGAGGAAUAUAAUUCUCGGGUUCAGGUUACGAGGGAAAAUUUUAAGGAUUCUAUUGAGAAGGUGAUGGGUGAGGGCAGAGAAAAAGAAGAGAUAAGGGAAAGGGCUAGAAAGUAUGGGAACAUGGCAAAAAAAGCAAUAGAACAAUGUGGGUCUUCUUACCUCAAUAUGUCCAAAUUAAUUCAUGACAUCGUACGUGUCAAAGGGUUAGACCAAAGCUAAGCCACAAAAUAGACCACAUGGAUAUACUCAUAUUAUGUGCAUUUGUAUCAGCAGCGCAACUUUACACGUAUUUGGAUGUAUUUUAAGUCUUUAAAAUUUUAUAGCUAAUUAAUUAAGUUCUCCGUAUUUAAAACUGAGUAAAUGGCAACACCAAAAAUGCAUGAAA